GUCCGGAGAGAGCGGAUAUAGUGAAUGCGGGGUCCAGGGAGAGCGGAUUUAGUGAAUGCAGGGUCCUGGGAGAGCAGAUAUAGUGAAUGCUGGGUCCGGGGAGAGCGGAUAUAGUGAAUGCAGGGUCCGGCGAGAGCAGAUAUAGUGAAUGCGGGGUCCAGGGAGAGCGGAUAUAGUGAAUGCGGGGUCCGGGAAGAGCUGAUAUAGUGAAUGCAGGGUCUGGGGAGACUGGAUGUAGUGAAUGCCGGGUCUGGGGAGAGCGGAUAUAAUGAAUGCAGGGUCCAGGGAGAGCGGAUAUAGGGGCUCAGUGGAAAGGGAACUACCUACAGGCAGAGGUGCUGGAAAGGAGGAUCACUUAACCUUGGUAGUCCCCUUAAAGAGGACCAUCUGUGAAGCAGGG